UCUGAAAUAGGGCUCGGCCGCCGCUCCCGGGCAGCCGGAGCCGCGGAGCAGCGCGGCCAUGCCCGCCCCAGCCGCGCCCCGCAGCCUGGCCGCCGCCGCCCCCGCCGGCAAGGCCAAGCUCACCCACCCCGGCAAGGCCAUCCUGGCAGGUGGCCUGGCCGGAGGGAUCGAGAUCUGCAUCACAUUCCCCACUGAGUAUGUGAAGACACAGCUGCAGCUGGACGAGAAGGCAAACCCUCCCCGCUACAAGGGCAUUGGGGACUGUGUGAAGCAGACUGUCCGUGACCAUGGCAUCCGGGGGCUGUACCGGGGGCUCAGCUCGCUGCUGUACGGCUCCAUCCCCAAGGCUGCCGUCAGGUUCGGGAUGUUCGAGUUCCUCAGCAACCAGAUGAGAGACGAGCAGGGGCGGCUGGACAGCACGCGGGGCCUCAUCUGCGGGCUGGGGGCUGGCGUGGCCGAGGCUGUGGCAGUGGUCUGCCCCAUGGAGACCGUGAAGGUCAAGUUUAUCCAUGACCAGACCUCUCCCAACCCCAAAUACCGUGGUUUCUUCCAUGGCGUCCGGGAGAUCGUUCGGGAACAGGGACUGAAGGGGACCUACCAGGGCUUAACUGCGACCGUCCUCAAGCAGGGAUCAAACCAAGCCAUCCGCUUCUUCGUCAUGACCUCCCUCAAGAACUGGUACAAAGGGGACAAUCCCAACAAGGUUAUCAACCCCUUCAUCACGGGGGUGUUUGGAGCCAUUGCUGGAGCUGCAAGUGUCUUUGGCAACACCCCCUUGGACGUAGUGAAGACCAGGAUGCAGGGGCUGGAAGCGCACAAGUACAAGAACACCUGGGACUGUGCCUACCAGAUCAUGAAACACGAAGGGCCCGUGGCGUUUUACAAGGGCACGGUGCCUCGCCUGGGCCGCGUCUGUCUCGACGUGGCCAUCGUCUUCAUCAUCUACGAUGAGGUGGUCAAAUUCCUCAACAAGGUGUGGAAAACGGACUGAGGGGCCGGGCCAGGCGGCCCCGCCUCCCGGGCCCCGCAGGGCUGCAGCUGGAGAGCAGAGACCAAGCCCACACCCGGCUUUGGCGCUGCAGGGGCCAGGUCUGCCCUGCACGCCCUCCCCCCAAACCUGGCCACCUUUAUCUUUAGGAACAGGCUCUGGAGCUGGAGCAGGUUAAAUUACUAGUUAUGUGCUAAAAGGAGCAGGGAGGGAGCAGCAUCCCACCAUCCAGACCCCAAGCAUCCCAGUUAUGCCCACCCCAGUCCCCUGCUGACACUUCCCCCUGGUGCCACAUCAGGUGUGAGUGCCGGUUAUCCAGGGUGAAGUGUCCCCUGGGACAGUGGCCCCAGGGCUCCUGGCAGCCAGGAGCUGCUGUCUACCCGGGGAGCAGCUCUUUUUGGGGAUGGUGAGAGCUGCCUAGAGCCAUGGUGCAAUGCCAGGCUGUACACGUGGCAUUGCAAGCUGCUGCUGGGGCUCACACCACUGGCUGGGAGUGAUGCACUGGGUCACAGCAGCUCCAGGGGGAGCCCAACAGCCCUGCACCUCCCGGGCCGCGAGGGCAGUGACCUGCUGGUGUGGCCCAAGGCUUCCUCCUCCCUCCCUGCCAGCACCAGGACCACCGGCGUGCAGCAUCCCAUCCCUGGGGUCCCACUCAGCCCUGGGCUGCUGGGCAGGGGCUGCCCAAAUUUGCACAUACAGCCAGGCCUUUAGUUGUGCUCACGGCAGGCCGGGGUUGGGGUGAGCUGGGUGCCCCCAUCACUUGCCGUUUACAGUCGAGACGUGUGUUCGAGCCGGGGUGAGGAGGGGCAGCCCCGCCCCGCAGACUCGGCCCCUCGGCCGGGGGGUGCAAACCCCUGUCUUCUGCCACAUUCCCGCCAUCUGCCCUCCCGCCGCCUCUCUGUGGCCCCGUAGGUAAUCCUGUAGCUUUUGGAGCUUCACGCUGACCCACUAACACCUGUGGCCGUGGGGCCAGAGCCCUGCCUGCCCACGCCAGGCUGGCCCCACACGAUUUGUGCCAAACUUGUCCUGAGGGAGUGGAGGGCUGUGCAGGAGCCAGGGCUCUACCCGACCCUCCUCCCUCCUGUUGCCAGCGAUGAGCUCAGCCUUAACACAGGAGGGCGAAGGAGGAAAGCCCGGGCACGGUUUACCUGCGGCUUUCGGCUCUGAAGCCAGCGAGGGUUGCAUUAUUGGUUUUUUUUUAUUAUUAUUCUGUUUUACAUUCGCAAUUUGAAUAAAAUCAGUCUGGCUUUA